AUGGAUACAUUCUCUUUCGACGAUCGCAUUGAAAAAGAGCGAUCUACACCAUACACGGCACUCGUUUCAUAUCCCACCCGUCGAACGCGUCAACAAACCUUCGAAACUUCAAACCGAAUCGUCCGUUACCCGUUAACUACGUCAUCCGCCAAAAUGUCCCAUCGUCAAUAUAAGGAAGAACCUGGUAAUGCAGUUAACAAUGAACACAUUUCGCAAGUUGCACUUCUUUAG